AAGAGCCGUAAAGGGUCAUACAAUGACGUGGCAGACGCGGAAAGAAGGGAGCGACGAGGGGGAAGGCACAAACCGGUAAGGUGAGAACUCGCGAACCCGGUGAAACGAAGGGGCGAAUAUUGGCCGCACCGCCUUAAUAGUUGUUGUGUCUUCUUCUUUGGAAUACCGGACCAAAAUCGAAUCCGAGUCCAAAUCCAAAUCGGCCAACAGGGUCUAAGCUAUUUCGGAAAUUCCGCGCUGGUAAAGAGCGUUGCAGAGGAGCGUAUCGAACUUGAGAUUUGAGUGAUGUCGGCUCGAUUGCUGAAGAAAGUUCUCAAAGAACAAGAACAACAGCUCCUCCAAAACCACGCUCAACAUGUAGAAACCCACCAACAAUAUGAAGAUGAAGAUGAUGAAGAUGAAGAUGAUGAAAACCAGCAAACCAAUGGAAAUAAUUCCGUUGCUAAUUCUUCAAUAAAUCCGUUUGACCUCCUAAACGAUGAUGACCAUGAUUCUGACCAGGAGGAUGAGUCAGAAACCUUGGCUGCAACUGAUGAUAAGCCAUUACCGAGUAAGAUGAAAGAUAGUGUCAAUGUUGUUUCUACGUCUAAUCAAAAAUCAAAGAAAAAGAAAAAGAAGAAAAGCAAGGAGGCUUCUUUUCCAAGUACAAAUAAAGUUGAGAAGCCCUUGGAUGAGAUUCUAAAAACUUUAACUUUGGAAGUUAACUCUUCUAGUGAUCAACCUGCCAAUGGAAAGGCCAAACUAAAAAAUACAAGAAAUUGGGAUAGGCCAGUUAAAAAAUGUACACCCUCAAUAUUACAAGUAGAUCCAAAAUAUCUAAAUGCUGAUAAUGAACUCAGAAGAAUAUUUGGUUCCAAGGUAGUAAAUUCAUUUGAGAAAAGUAAUCAAACUGGCAGUUCUAGACAGGCUCGUGGUGGAAGGCGAGGUGGUCAUAAUCCUAGAAAGACUAUUCUUGUCUCCCCAUCAGAAAAUUGGCCUCGCUGGGAUGGUUCUUUCUCCAUGGAAUUUUUGGAAGUGAAGGAUGGAUACCACUACUUUAGAUAUGUGCACUCAUCGUCUUAUUCUCAAGCUCAGAGUGCAUUUGAAGCUGCAAAAGCUAUUCAUGAUCUUAAUGGCAUUGCAAGUAUUUUGAUGUACCAUCCUUACCACUUGGAUUCACUUUUAACAAUGGCGGAGUACCUCAAGUUUGUGGGUGAGCAUCAAAUGUCAGCAGAUGCUAUCUCAAAAUGUUUAUAUGCUUUAGAAUGUGCCUGGCAUCCAAUGUUCACCCCUAUGCAGGGUAAUUGUCAAUUGAAAUUCAGCCAUGAAACAAAUAAACCUAUGUUCACAACACUUUUCGCUCACAUGAAAAAUAUGGAUAGGCGUGGUUGUCAUCGAUCUGCUUUGGAAGUUUGCAAGUUGUUGCUUUCACUAGAUUCCGAUGAUCCAAUGGGGGCCCUGUUCUGUAUUGACUAUUUUGCUUUAAGAGCAGAGGAGUAUGCGUGGCUAGAACAGUUCUCUGAAGACUAUGAAAGUGAUAAUUCCUUGUGGUUGUUUCCAAAUUUCUCAUAUUCCCUUGCCACUUGUCGCUUUUAUCUUGAGAAAGAUGAAUCUUCAAAAGGUGCUCAAGUUGCUACCACUAAGUCUAGCUCAACCGAUCUUAUGAAGCAGGCUCUGAUGCUUCACCCCUCAGUCCUGAAGAAACUGGUAGAGAAGGUCCCUUUGAAGGACAAAUUUUGGACAAAUAUACUUAAGAAUUCAUUUUUCCGAGCAGAACAAGUGGGGAUCCCAUCCUUGGAUCACCUGAUUAGUAUAUAUGUUGAAAGCAAUUACAUUAUAUGGAGGCUACCAGAUCCGCAAAAAUUGUUAAAGGAUGCUGCGCAAUUGGUGAUUGAGACACUUAAAAAUAAUAGUUCUGAUGUGAAGGAUUGGGCUUGUGUGAGAAAGGAAGCAUUCUCGUCUGAGAAAAAUGAGUACCGCCAUUUGUCAGUUUCCGAUUUUUCUUACUCAGUGCCAGCUGCUCCGCCUGAAAAUCUGCAAAAUUUUAUGGUCGACCCAAGGAUGAGAGAUGGUGUGCAUAACGGGGAACAACAGGUGGUGAUCCCAAACGAUGGCAUCCAUGCUCCUCGUAAUGUUGCGAAUCGGAAUGCAUUGGCUGUUUUGUUCGAGUCGAUGCUACCAUGGAUUCAUUAUGGGGAUGGAGAAGCAGCUAUUGAUGAGGAUAACCAACAUAACGGGCAUGACCAAGCCAACUAGAAUAUCCAGUUGUACUUGCUUCUUAGAGUGUACCUGUAUUUCAAAUAUGAAUUCUGUUCAUAUGGGAAGCAGCAGUGAAUGUGAACGUAGAAAAGCCAUGUUUAACGAGAUUGUUGCUCGCUCAUUCUUAUUACGUAACUAAUCAUCCACCUUUCAAAUUCAAGUUAUGAGAACCAGGAAAUAGUGUAUAAUUCUUAUGACAUUUUUUUUUUCUUUC